AUGUUCCGAGUUACCAGGACACGCAAUCCCAGUUUCCACAAAAUUGCCCCGGACCCCGCAGCCAAAACCGCCCGCAGUUGGGCCGAGCGUGUUUUCAAGUGGCUCGAGCCCGGCUAUCGAUUCUUGGUGAAGUGGCUCAUUGUUUUCUUCGUGCCCGCACUGGUGCGGGUCUCCUUGAUCCACGCGGAGCUGGGUCUGUGGGGCAUUCUCCGCGUGCUUCUUUUGCUGCUCGUGGGUUGGUUCAUCACCUUCACCAGCACUGCUGUGGUGGCCAGCGCCUUUCCGGAUGUUGACUUGGAAUCACCCGAGCCGUCGAAGCAAGCACCUGCAACACCUGCACAAAAGAGCGCGCCGGCGCGCUUUCCCUACCUGCGUUUCGUGGUGCUUUGCCGCAGAUGUUGCCCUAUCCCGUAUUGGCAUUAUUUGGCAUUGCUCUUUGGCUUUGACUACUUGCAGUGUGAACUUUUCCUGCACUUUGUCAUCCCGCUGGACUUUGUCCUCAUUCUACGUGCGGUUGGUGUUGGCGCCUUUGCAAGCACACUCAUCAGCGUUGCCCCGAUUGUGGAAGCUGGUGGACAGAGCGAGAUCAAACCUUUGUGCAUCAACCCCGUGGCACUGGCAAAAGCCCACGGCAUCGAACCUCUGGAUGGACCAACAGCCAGGCGCAGCCACAGCAAAGGUCGCAAAGGAAAAGGUAUGACCAAGCACAAGGGCAAAGGAAAAGGCAAGGCGCCUCAAGGGCCGGCCGAGCCUCAAUACGGGCCUGCAGCAUUGGGUAUUGCUUUGCCAGACCCACCAUGGAAGCCUACCCUGACUGCUUCCCCUGCGGCCUCGGGUUCUACAGGGACCAUUUCAGAUGCCCAGAUUCGCAGCUUGUUGAACGAUAUGAAGAAAGUGCCAGACCUACCAGCAGAUGCUCACACCAUUCUGCAGCGCUACCAGAAGCGCCAAGGUCAACGCACGACCAAAACGAUGCAUCAAGCAGUGACAGAUCUUGGCAAAGCUCGAGAGGCUCUCGAUCAAGCUCAUUUGGCUCGCCACCAGCUGCAUGGCUCAUGGCGUCACUUCCUGAACGAGGCUUUGACUACUUGGCAGACCUAUACCGAGGGAUUCAAGCAGCAGGAAGCAGACUUGGUGGCGCGCAUCGAAGAGGCCAAGCAGUGUCUUCACAGUGCCAAAGAGGUUUUCGAAGAGUGCAGGAAUGCCCUGACAGAUCUGAAUCAGACCGAUCAACGUCUCGUCGAGGAUGCAGAAGCAGUGAUGACUGUCGAUGCAGAGGACGAAAAGGAGGACCCUGCCGUGACAAGACUGCAACAAGAUUUGGAGUCGAUGCGCGGUCAUUUGGCCACUCUCAAGGAGAGCGCAGAAGUAGCUGCCGCUGCAGAAGAAACUUCUGCAAAACGGCCUCGGCUCGAAGAAGCCGUGCCACCUGCCCCUGCAGCAGCACCUGGCUCUGGUGCUUUGGAUUGGCCUGACAAGCCGUGGAGUGCUUGCCAUAUGGCCCCAACUCGUGCUUUUCGGACUGCCGAUGAACGCAUUGAUCCUCUCCAACAUGUUCAUGUCGAUGACACACAAGAUGCACAGCAACAUGGCCAACAUGCCGGACCGUUCCUACAUGAAGCACCUCAAUCCAUUCAAGAUUUGUUUGCUGCAUUCAUGGAAGAGGACCUCAUUGAAGGCGAUGAACUCUCUGAGGAAAUCUCCCUGCGUAGCUGGUAUAUUCACCAUCGACGGGUCCCUGAAUGGACUGUUCCAAGAGAUUCCCAGCUUCAUGGCCACUGGCGAUUCUGGGCCGCUGACAUUUUGAGCGUGUGGACUGACCAAGUGAACCGAGAUGAAGAUGUCGCACUUGCCUUAGUGUUUCCAAAUCCUCCUCGUAGUGGUGCCUUCCAUCCUGUCCUCUUUGAUGUGCUGGUAGUGCAAGGUUUGGAUUUGCCACGACGAGCGUGUUUGGCCACUGUUUUGCGACAUCAUGACCCCCAACAACGUGCAGAACGAUCUUUAGCCAUUUCGCUGCCGCACAUGGUUAGUGCCAAGUACAUUGCUGCCAGAGCACAUCUUACACAAGACUGUCACCUUCAUGAUUGUGCCGUUCGACAUGGACGCCAUCCUCUGGAAUGGAAUGACAGACCAGUGCAUGAUGCUCGUGAUGGGCAAAGCUUUGUCAUCAGGCGACUUGCAACUCGUGAUGCGGCUUCAACAACACCGGCUACAACAGAUGCUAAUCCUUCCCAUGCUGACACCUCUGUUGAGAAUGCACCGAUGGUGAGAAGUGAUGAUGCAGCUGAUGAUGACGAUUCCAAUGUUUCAAUGGCUUCCACUAUUGAUCGACAGGCAGUUUUUGUGCAUCGGCUUGGGCAUCCUACAUCGUUUGGCCAUGCUGACUGGAGUUCUCACAAUGCAGCCAUUGCUUCUGUUGCGCGCAUUGCUGAAGUGCCCAUCUUAGAUGUGGUUACAAUACACCACCUCCAAUGUGCCCUGCCUGACCAACCUGUGGAUGUCCGUUCCGUGAUUCUUCAUCACAUUCAUGACAUUCAGCCCGCGUCCAUCGAGUGCCUUGUGAUCCUUGAUAUUGAACUUCAUGCUCAUCCCAUUCUCCGUGCACCACCUGUUCGACCCCAUGUCACGCGACAGGUGCAUCGAGUGUACCCAAUGUUGCGCCGCAGUCAUUUGCUGCAGAUCGUUGGUGUUGAUGCUUAUUGUGAAUGGAUGGAUGACAGAUGGCUAGUUCUUCACAAUGGACGUGGCUGGCCAAUUCUGGAACGAGCACCACGCCGAAUACAACACGGCGCGUGUUUCAAAGUGAUUGUACCGCCUCCCCCAGACACCCACUGUGAUACUGCUCAUGCAGUUCGUGUUGCACAGGAAGCUGCUGAGCUCUUCGACUUCCCCAUGGCAGGUGAAUUAGCAGCCGACAUCCUUGCUGCUGAAGCUCAAGCAGACCAGCCAGCUGGGCCCCAAAAUGCAUCCACUAGGCAGACCCGAUUGCAACAGCACAAGAAUGGCGAAGAACACGAGAUUGAUGAUUUCCCUGUCACCGAAUCUGGUCGCCGUCCUGCUCCAACUGGCCUGCCAGCUGUGGAUUGGUCCGGUCUCUGGAUGCAGCAAAUGGUCCAACUCAUGCGGGCAGAGGGCUCUGAGGAAGUCAUUGAUGGACCAACGUACCUCUACCUUCAGACUUGGUACAUUCACCAUGACUCGCAUGUGUGGUGCCGUCAUCCUCGGCCUGUGCGUUUGACGAAUGAGAUCAUUUCUUGGUCCCUUGACCUCCGCCAGACCUGGAGCGAUUUGCUUGACCCACAUCGACCAGUACGAUUUCAUGUAGUGCAACCACCGCCAUUGCAGGAACCCCUGCAAUCUUACGCUGGACAUGUCAUCCUUGAGCAAGCCCCCACUAAUGGCCGUGCUGCUAUUGUGGUGUCUGCUACUCUUGAGUCGGCACAACGAAGUGCACUGAUGCAGUUUGCCAAGUCCUUUCCAAGAUUUGUCACUGCGGAAGAUGUGAUCCAAGAAGCUGAGCUUGUUCCCCACUGUACUGUGCGGGCAUGUUCCGCUUGGAUUGGCACACACCAGCUCAAUGUUGCUGUGGCUACUGAAAUCUUUUCCGGCCAAGGCAUGCGAGUUCGAGUGAAACCCAUGCCAUAUGCAGCGCCUUUGCAAGUGCCGUCACCUCUUGAUGUUGACAUGCAUGAAGGUCUUUCACUCCUUCAAGAUACAGCCUCAUCUACUGCGUGUCCCUUGCAUCAGCAUCACACUGACCAUGCUGUCAGACAAGUUAUUCAGGAAUACCAUGAUCAAGCUGCUCGUGAUCCACCUCCUCCCCCUCAGGAGGAGGAUCAACCUGCUUUUGUCCAGCAGUUGCUUGAAGUGUGGCGAUCUUGGCAACAGCGACAAGGUGAUCAAGCGGAUGGUAUGUUUGAGGUUGCAGCAUUAUGGUAUUCCAAUCACAUCACCUACAGACGCUCUGAUGAGCAUCGCACGGUUCGGCUUGGCGGCGACUUUGCCAGCUGGCGCCGUCGAAUUACCAAUAUCUGGAGUGAUCAGAUUUUGAUGGAGUUGCCGCUUGAGGUUUUUGUGGUUGCACCCACCCCUCUUGAUGGCCAGGGUCACCUGGCGGUGCAUGUUGUUCUUCUCCAACAACCUUUGCCUGAAAUUUACACCGUUAUUCUAUCGGUGAUUGAUUUGUGGGGAGACCCUUGGGAUCCACGCUUGGUCUGUGACCUACUUUCUGCUGAUGCUGACAUGGCUCAACUUACCAAUGCUGCUGGCGUGCUGACCCAAUGCCCGCCUUUUGCACCUGGUACCGUUUGCACAGUUUGGCAUGGAGACCAGCGUGUGACCGACGACUUUGGUCCUCGAUUGUCUCAUGGAGUGUCGCUUCAUGUUGUAGUUGAACUAGCCCAUCAUGUGCCUCACAGUUUGGCCGUACCUCAUCCACAUGAUUUGGAUUCUGGGGACGCCAUCAAUUUGCUGCAGACCAAGAUUGUUGCGAUCCAACGCCAGCUCCAUACUAUGCUUGCGUCUCGCACAGAUGCUUCUGAGACCUCUGAAUCGGUUGAUCCUCAAAGCGAUCACGUUGCACGAAACGGCUCGAAGCACCUGGUGGACGUCAAUGACCAACCUCGAUCUCUUAUUCUUUUUGAUUUGAUUCCCUGCCGUACCACGAUCAUCCGCACCCCUUGUCGAAAGAUUGAGUUUUUUGCCAAUCAACUUUUGCUCAUGGACUUAGGCCCAGUCCAGUCAUUUGCAAGUGUUGUUAAAUGGCACCAGCAGACAUUGCUUGCUCGGCACCUCAUUGCUGACUGGAGUGGAGCACUGCCCCGAAGAAUAUGGUUCUAUACAGAUGGAGCUUCCAGCCUUUCUCAUGAUGUUGGAGUUCGGCAAGCCUCAGCCUCCGUCGUUUUGAUCCUUGAAACCGACUGGGGAUUUCAGUUUGGUGGUUUUCGUGCCUGUACGGUGCCACUGCCAGCUACAGCACCCUUGGCUGAACAUGCGGCAUUACACCUUGCUACUCUUUGGAGUAUUCAGCUCUUGGAAUGGUGUUUGUGGACCUAUGGAGUGCAAAGUGUUCCGCUGGUUUUCGCUUUUGAUUGCCUUGCCGCUGGAGCCGCUGCUCAAGGCACUUGGCUUUGCCAGCAUCAUGCCACCGUGCACAGGCGUACUCGGGCGCUCCAACAUUGGAUUCAGUGCCGGUUUCAGUGCUCUGUUGAUUUCAUCCAUGUGCCGAGUCAUCAGGGUGAUCCAUGGAACGAAGCUGCUGAUGCUGCAUGCUGGGCUGCCAUGCAUGGCUGGAUUCCCGCCUUUGACUUUGGUCAACUGUGUGCUGACCAUCUUUCACCAUUUGAUGAUGUGAUAGAAUGGCUAUGGUUCUGGCAGAAUGCUCGUGAUUGCCGAAUUGGAUAUCCUCGCAUCUGUGAAGGUGCUUUCUGUUUUACCAUUGAGCAUCGUGACGAACCCAUUGCAGAUGCCACGGCACACACUUUUACCCAAUUUCAGGAUGCAUAUCAUGAGGGACCUCGGGCUACUUGUUCCAUGGAUCUACGGGUUGCUACGGCCAAUGUCCUUACGCUCUAUUCCAAUCGAGCAGCACAAGGAGGCUUUAUUUCUGCCCGUCAUGAGGCACUUAUGAAGAGCUUUCAUGAACAAGGAAUCCAGAUCGCAGGCAUUCAGGAAACCAGGUCCAAGAUGAAAGGCCAUCAUGAUACGGAGUUUUAUCACGUGCUUUCUGCCUCUGCCUCACAGAAGGGCCACUCUGGAGUUCAAAUAUGGAUUGCAAAACAGAUUGUUCAUCACACUGGCAUCCUCCAUGUGCGCGCUUCCCAUAUUCGCAUCAUCCAUCAGUCUGCACGCAAGUUGAUUGUACGGGUGUCUGCUGAUGGCCUUCGUUUGAUUUUGGUCGCUGGGCAUGUGCCAUGUAUGCCUGAUGUAGAAGCUGCCCAAUGCUGGUGGACCCAAGCCCUGCAGGAUCUUCCUUCUGCACUGCGAUCAUGGCCACGUAUUCUCCUGGUGGAUGCCAAUGCGCGCGUUGGCUCUCUGGUCUCACAAUCAAUUGGACCUCACCAGGCCAGUGAUGAAAAUGUUCAUGGUGAAAUGAUGCAUCAAUGGCUUUGCGACAACCAGAUGUUUGCACCGCAGACCUUUGAUGAACAUCACGAGGGCGAUGCAUCCACCUUUGCACAUGCAACUGGUGUUGAAGGGCGCAUUGAUUUUGUCCUUGUUGAUGAAUGUUUACGGCACCCCAAUCUGCGCACUUUGGUUUUGGACAUUGAUUUGGCCAUCCAACGUCCUGAUCAUUUUGUUGUUGCUGCUGACAUUCCUUUCACAUUUUGGCAACAGGACCGUGCUCCGCGACCAAAAUGCCCCAAGGACUCUUGCAUUGCUGAGAAUAUGAAUGCACCCCCGUUGGUCGCUUGGUCUGAGGAUGUGCAUUCUCAUGCUGUGCACAUUCAUCAAUGGCUGCAACGAUGUCAACCUCGACGCCCUCGGCUUCCUCGGAAGCGACACUUACAAGAUGCCACCUGGUACCUGAUACAAAGCAAAGCCUAUCAUUGGAAGCGAUUUCGCCAGAUCCGACAUACUGUCCGAAUGGCCUUCCUGCGCAGUGUGUUUGAUGGAUGGCGUGGGGAGCGCUUUGCCUCCACACCAUGUUUUUCUCACACCUGGCUGAAGCAAAGCCAGUUUGACCUUGCGUGGCACUUGUAUUGUUACAAGCGGCUUUGUCCUUCUGUGGCUCAACGAGUUCGUCAGGAUGACACUGACUACUAUCAGCAGUUUGCAGAGAGACAUUCCGAUGAAUCACUGCCAACCGUCUGGAAAACCCUCAAACCUUUGUUGCCUCGCGCUGCUGCCAAGCGUGCCAACAAUUUGCGCUGUGUGGGUCCCGCCACAACUGACAUUGUGCGACAUUUUGAUGCCUUGGAAGCUGGUGAGGCCACUACCUACCCUACUCUUCUGCGGGAUUGUCAUCGAGCACAGCAAGCAGCCCUUGCAGAGGCACCAUUGGUUGUCCCGCUCACUGACUUGCCCUCUCGCAUUGACAUUGAGAGGUCGUGCUGCAAGGCCAAGAAGGGAAAGGCGCCUGGUAUUGACCAAGUGACGUCCGAAACUCUUAGCCGACAUGCUGUGUUUGCCUCCGAUACUUUCCACCAGUUGAUUCUCAAAGCCUUCAUUCAGGGCGCCGAGCCGCUUCAGUGGAAAGGUGGAAAAAUGCAUGUGAUUCCGAAAAAAGCCACUGUAAUGCGGGCAGAUGCCAUGAGGGGCAUCAUGCUCUUGACAACAUGUGGUAAACUUUAUCAUGCGCUGUUGCGCCAGAUGCUCAUUGGCUGGACCACCUCCAUGAAGGUCCCGGCUCAGCUAGGGGGAUUUCAUGGCCAGCAGAUGAGUUUUGCCACGCAUUUAUUGCGGACUUUCUGCAAUUUGGCCACCCGAGCUCAGCAGUCAUUUGGGGUCCUGUUUUUUGAUGUGAAAGCUGCCUUUCAUAGUAUGAUUCGAGAACAUGCCUUUGGCGGUGCUGCAUUGUCUCCCCGCCUGUGUGAUGUGCUUUCUCGAGCUGGCCUUGACGUGCAGCAGCUUUGCAAAGACAUUGACCCUCAUCAUGCUCGCUUUGCCACAUUGCCCAAUUUUGCCUUGCAGCGGGCGGUUCGCGAUGCACAUGAGUUCACAUGGUAUGUGGUCGAUGGCAACCCUGACUGCCAUCGCACACAUCGUGGCUCCCGGCCAGGGAGCCCUCUUGCCGACAUUGCCUAUACCAUCACGAUGAUGAAUGUCCUUCAUGACAUUUUGCCGUUUCUACGUCAGUGCGGUCUCAUGAAUGCUGCGGAGGCUCAUUUGCCGACUUCGGCUCCUCUGGUGACAUGGGUCGAUGAUUUAGCAAUCCCGGUGACUGUUUUGCAUGCGAAGGAUCUGGACAGACAAAUUGUUGCUGUUUUGACUGCUGUGCGAGAUGCUUUUCAUUCCUACGGGCUGCAACUCAACAUGCAAGCUGGCAAGACCGAACUGGUUUGCCAGUAUCAUGGCCCCGAUGCGGUUGCUUGCCGUCAUCGCAGAUUUGUAGAACAUGCUGGACAACUUGCUCUACCAGAUGGUUCUUCGUUGCAUGUAGUUGGCCAGUAUCAACAUCUCGGCACGGUUUUCAGCCAAUCUCUGUCUCUUCAAAGCGAAAUGAGCGGUCGCAUUGGGAAAGCCUCAGCAGCCUUCCGACAGAUGUCUCGAACUAUCUUUGCCAACAAGAAGCUUGAUCGGACUUCUGACAGUGACUUCCAGGCAUGUUGGCAGCUACCCACACUUUCGGCUUGUUUGGCGAAGCACCGACUGUUUUAUGCUUUCAAAAUGGUCAAGCAUGCCCCGCAAGAUUUGAUCACAUGCAUUACUGCAGAGGAUGCCUCAGCCUCACAGUCACCAUGGUGCUCAGCGCUCCGGCAUGCCAUUGAUUGGAUGAGGCUCCAAGAUCCACAGAGUUUUGCCCAAGCAGCUGUUGACACACCUGAUGCCCUGUUCCAAUGGCUUCAUGACCACCAUCAUGAUGGUCCUCCCUUAGUGCGGCGGUUGGCCAAACGUGCUGUCAAGCAAGAUCGGCUCGUUUUUGAGCUGAAGCAGAAGACCCAACAGAUUUAUGAGGCUUGCCGUCUUAAGGGCGUGAUUUUUGAUCAAGUUCCUAUUGAACCUCUGUCUGCUUCGAGCUCCACCUUCAGUUGCACCGUAUGUGGGCAAGGUUUUGGAUCGGUUCAGGGACUCCAAGCUCAUCGCUGGCGCAAACAUCAGCUCUUUUCUGACGAACGCAAAUACAUUUAUGACACCACAUGUCGGGCUUGUAACAGAUGCUUUUGGACAGCCCAACGUUUGCAGCAACACCUGCGGUGGAGUCGCCAACACCCGCAUGGUUGUUAUUACGUGUUACAAAAGUAUUUUCAACCUCUUGACAAGCCAGCUCAAUGUGACAUUCCAGCUUUUGCCCGUGGCCUCUCUCGCUUGCCAGCCAGCACGGUUGCUGGCCCUAUGCCAGAUGUGAUGCCAACUGUCUGGCAUACGCAGCAGCAAGCACGCCGUGCGCAUUUGCAGCAACUUUGGCACCAACAUGGGUUUCCUGAUGAAUUGCCCCCUGAUUUUCAGACGAUCGUCUAUGACGCAUGCACUGCAGCUACGAUGUCAUGGUUGCAAAACACCCCUCUUGCAGACCUAUGUGAUGAUCAUUUGAUGCAUCAGUGGCUUGCCGUCCUGGAUGCCCUUGCGGCACUGGAUGAGGAACGGCUACAUCAGGCUACAUGGGCGUUUUUGCUCUGGGGCCAAUCCGUCCUUCCAGACAUUGUUGAGCGCACGGAGGAUCCUGAUUACCAGAUGUGUAUGGACCGUGCGUUUUUCGACAUUGCCAAGCUUUUUGAGAUGAGUGAUCUCUUAUCGGAAUUUGAUCGCCUUGCUCGUGCCCGUGAACCUGCAGACCCAAUUCUGGAACCUUCUGCAGUUGUCACUGAUUCUCGAAAGAAGGCGAUUCUUGAGCCGUUUUCCAGGGGUUACUUUGAGCAGACCGCAUUGCUACAGUCGGUAUCUCCACCAGUACUCACAUGGCCGGAGCAUCAAGCAGUUCCUGUUGUGCAGGGAUAUCAUGAGAAGCCUACCCUUUUUGUGCUUCACAUGUUUUCUGGUCGGAGGCGUGCAAUGGACUGCCACCACUGGGUUGAGUCUUUAGCGCCAAUCCUGCUGCCUGAAUUUCAUGUGGUUUCUCUUUCCAUGGACACCGCCAUUGACCCGUGGUUAGGAAACCUUUUGGAAGGAGACAGUUUUGCUCAUGCAGUUCAUUUAGCUCAGGGACGUGCUUUUGCGUUGGGUCUUACAGGCCCACCCUGUGAGACCUGGACGGCAGCUCGCCACAUUGUUUGCGACGAGUUACAUGGAAGAGGACCUCGACCAUUGCGCUCCAGUUCACAUGCAUGGGGCCUCCCUGGCCUAUCGAUGCGCGAGUUAUGCCAACUUGGUGUCGGUUCGAGUCUCAUGCUGCACAGCUUAUUGUUGGAAGCCCUGAUCUGUCUGGCCGGUGGAGGCAGUAUCAUGGAGCAUCCCGCAUUGCCUGAUGAUGAAGGGUUUGCGUCGAUUUGGCGCACGAUGAUUCAUCGACUUCUUCUCAUGAGGGCGCCUAUGGCCCAGCUGGUGCGCAUCGAGCAGUGGCGCUACGGUGCCAUGUCGGUCAAACCGACCAUCCUGAGAGGCUUAGGACUACCCAAAUUAGCGCAGCACCUGCACGCUUGCAGGAAGCCUGAUUUGUUGAGACCCACGGUAGUUCUUUCUGGGUAUGACCGUGCCAAAGGGUGUUUUCGCACGGCUGCCGCGAAGGAGUAUCCCCCGGGCUUGUGUGAGGCCCUAAUUCGAUCCUCCUUUCAGAGCCUCCGCAUUCGUCUGCGCAUGGCUGGCACGACAACCAUUCAAUGGUCUGAUUUUUCGGCUGAUGCCCGAACGUGGGCCCAGGCAUUAGCCACCAGGAGCGAAGUGGGCAUGGUGAUUGCCGCCGUGGCGGCCAGCUUUGGCUUUCAUCCCGGCUUGGACCAGACCAUUUUUAUGAUGUGCGCGGCUCUUGCGGGUUUCACCUUGGCAAAGCGUUUGCCGAGCAAUGUGCAGAAGUUCGUCCAUCCGCUCUUCAUUUGUGCUGCUGGCACCUUCCUUGCGGCCGCGUUGUGGAUCUUAUUGGAACACCCAGGUCUGCACACCAUGGACGUGAUUCGAAUCUACAGCGAUUGGCCUGGCGGUGGUGCUUUGCUCUACUUUCUGCUGCCCAUCGCCGUGGUGUCGUUGGGUCUCCUUCUCUUUGAGAAUCGACUGCUGAUUAAGAAGGAUUUAGGGCCGAUCCUUGCGACCGCGGCGUGUUCUACCACCGUCACCAUAGGCGGAAACAGGGCCGCGCGUAUUUUUGGGGCGAAGAAGCCAAUGUGGGAAACAGAUGAAAACUUAACUGAUCCAUCAAAAUGGGUCGGUGGCCCUAACAAUUGGCUGUUUUCAGCUAUUCUUGUAGGUGGCUUAAGGCAUUUCUUCGGAGCCACGUUGAUGAUCAUGUUGCUUGAUAUUCCAGUGGUGUCUGUUUGUGUGUGUGUGUGUUUUAGGGGGUAUAUCUAA